AUGGUAAGAUAUCCUACAUUGUCCUUCAGCCACAACGGGGACCACGGUGGACAGUGGACAGCAGCGUGGACUUUCCUGCAGAAGAUGCUAAUCAUCCUGUGGCUGCUGCUGUUGGAUACCUCCCUGCCUGCUGUGAGGGGCCAGACCACAGUUCCUCUGGAAACAGUGAAGCUGUGGGCCGAUACCUUCGGCAGGAAUCUGUACAACACCGUGACCAGAUACUCAGGCUCUCUCCUGCUGCAGAAGAAGUACAAGGAUGCAGAACCCAGUCUGAAGAUCAAAGAGGUGGAUGGCUUGGAGCUGGUGAAGAAGUUCUCGGAGGACAUGGAGACCAUGCUUCGGAGGAAAGUGGAGGCUGUUGAGAGCCUGGUGGAGGCCGCUGAGGAGGCUGACCUGAAUCAUGAGUUCAAUGCAUCUCUGGUGUUUAACUACUACAACUCGGUACUAAUCAACGAGAAGGAUGACAAGGGCAACUACGUGGAGCUGGGAGCUGAGUUUCUUCUUGAGUCCGACGCACACUUCAGCAACCUGAGAGUGAAUGUCUCCAUGAGCAGCGUGCAGCUACCCACCAACGUGUAUAACAAAGACCCAGACAUUUUAAAUGGCGUCUAUAUGUCUGAAGCCCUGAACCCUGUGUUUGUGGAGAACUUUCAGAGAGACCCUACUUUGACCUGGCAAUAUUUUGGCAGUUCAACUGGGUUCUUCAGGAUCUAUCCAGGAAUAAAGUGGACGCCUGAUGAAAAUGGAGUCAUCACUUUCGACUGCCGAAACCGUGGCUGGUACAUACAAGCCGCCACUUCUCCCAAGGACAUCGUAAUUCUGGUGGACAUGAGUGGCAGCAUGAAGGGUCUGAGGAUGGCGAUUGCCAAGCACACCAUCACUACCAUAUUGGACACCCUGGGGGAGAACGACUUCGUGAACAUCAUAGCGUACAAUGACUAUGUCCACUACAUCGAGCCCUGCUUCAAAGGCAUCCUCGUCCAAGCAGAUCGAGACAACCGAGAGCAUUUCAAGCAGUUGGUGGAUGAGCUGAUGGUCAAAGGCAUAGGUAUCGUGAGUCAAGCUCUAAUCGAAGCUUUCGAGAUCCUGAAGCAGUUCCAAGAGUCCAGACAAGGAAGUCUCUGCAACCAAGCCAUCAUGCUUAUCACUGACGGGGCUGUGGAAGACUAUGAGCCCGUGUUCGAGACCUAUAACUGGCCAGACCGCAAGGUCCGAGUUUUCACCUACCUUAUUGGAAGAGAGGUGACUUUCGCUGACCGUAUGAAGUGGAUCGCCUGCAACAAUAAAGGCUACUACACACAGAUCUCCACACUGGCUGAUGCGCAGGAGAACGUGAUGGAGUACCUGCACGUGCUGAGCCGUCCCAUGGUCAUCAACCACGACCACGACAUCAUCUGGACAGAGGCUUACAUGGACAGCCGGCUCUUCACCUCAGAGGCACAAAGCCUGAUGCUCCUCACUACUGUGGCCAUGCCAGUCUUCAGCAAAAAGAACGAAACACGGUCCCACGGCAUUCUCCUGGGUGUGGUGGGCUCUGAUGUGACCCUAAGAGAGCUCAUGAAGCUGGCACCCCGAUAUAAGCUUGGGGUACAUGGAUAUGCCUUCUUGAACACUAACAAUGGCUACAUCCUCUCUCAUCCUGACCUCCGACCUUUGUACAGAGAAGGCAAGAAGCUGAGACCCAAACCCAACUACAACAGUGUGGACCUCUCAGAAGUGGAGUGGGAGGACCAAGCUGAAAUUCUGAGGACCGCCAUGAUCAAUGGAGAAACAGGGUCUCACUCCAUGGAUGUGAAGGUGCCACUGGACCAAGGGAAACGAGUUCUAUUCCUGACCAAUGACUACUUCUUUACGGACAUCAGUGACACGCCUUUCAGCUUGGGAGUGGUGCUCACCAGGGGCCAUGGAGAAUACAUCCUCCUGGGGAACACAUCUGUGGAAGAAGGCCUGCACGAUUUGCUUCAUCCGGAUCUGACCCUGGCCAGCGACUGGAUCUACUGUAUCACGGAUAUCGACCCGGACCACCGGAAACUCAGCCAACUGGAAGCUGUGGUCCGUUUCCUGACAGGGGUGGAUCCAGACCUGGAGUGUGACGAGGAGCUGGUGAGGGAGGUGCUGUUUGACGCAGUGGUGACCGCCCCCAUGGAAGCCUAUUGGACAGCACUGGCACUCAACAUCUCUGAAGAGUCAGAGCCUGGUGUAGAUGUGGCCUUUCUGGGGACCCGCGCUGGCCUUCUAAGAAGAAGCUUGUUCGUAGGCUCUGAGAAAGUCUCUGACAGGAAGUUCCUGACGCCUGAAGAUGAAGCCAGUAUUUUUACCAUGGACCACUUCCCGCUGUGGUAUCGCCAGGCCUCUGAGCAGCCCCCGGGCAGCUUUGUCUUCAAUCUCCGCUGGGCAGAAGGACCAGAGAGCCCAGGCAAGCCAGUGGCAGUAAGAGCCAGCACCGCGGUAACUGUGACAGUGGACGGGAAGACGGCCAUUGCAGCAGCUGUGGGCAUCCAGAUGCAAGCGGACUACCUCCAGCGCCACUUCUGGGCAGCCAUGCAGCAGUGCAACACUGUAGAGGGGCCGUGCCCGAAGAGCUGUGCGGACUCCGAUCUGGACUGCUUCGUCAUAGACAACAAUGGCUUCAUCCUGAUCUCAGAGAGACCUCAAGAGGUGGGAAGACUUCUGGGGGAAGCGGAUGGUGCUCUCAUGAUGCAGCUUCUUGGCAUGGGGGUGUUCAGCCGUGUGACCAUGUAUGACUAUCAGGCCAUGUGCAAGCCCCCAGAUCAUCACCACAGCGCAGCCGAAUCCCUGAUCAGUCCUCUCUCUGCCUUCUUGAUGGUGGCCAGGUGGCUACUGCAUGAAUGCCUUCUAUUCCUGUUAGAGUGGAGUGCUUGGGGAUCUUGGCAGGACCAAGGGUCAGAGGCCAAAGCUGUCUUCCAUCACUCCCACAAGCACAAGAAGCAGGACUUGCUGCACCCCUGCGACACAGAGUACCCCGUGUUCGUGCACCAGACGGCCAUCCAGGAGGCCAAUGGGAUCAUCGAGUGUGGGGUCUGCCAGAAGACAUUCGGGAUGCAGCAGAUUCCCAGCAGCAAUCUGCUCCUGCUAGUGACAGACCGCACCUGUGACUGCAGCGCCUACUCUCCCAUCCUCCAGGAGGCCACAGAAGUCAAAUAUAAUGCCUCUGUCAAAUGUGACAGGAUGCGCUCCCAGAAGCCCCGGAGAAGACCAGGUUCCUGCCACGCCUUCCAUCCAGAGGAGAAUGCCCAGGACUGUGGCGGUGCGUCAGACACUCUGCCUUCCUCCCCUCUGCUCCUGCUAUCACUGUGGGCCUGGCUGCUUCCACCCCAGCUUCUGUGGUGACUCCAUCCCAUCUGACCUUCACAGAAGGGGGACCUUACAGGACAUUCUACAAAGUUACCAGCUGAUGAGGGCCCAGCUCACAGUUGUGGGGUGUCUCUUUGGUUUCAGUUCUGGGCUACGAGUCUCUGCCUCUUAGAGAUUGCUAGAGGGCUCCCCAAGGCUCUUCAAGGAGCUGGGUACCUCAAGCCACCUCAAGUCUUCUACUCUUGUCUCAAGUGAAGAAAGGACAGGCGUUAGUUACUGCAGUUUACCAAAGGGUCACCUGUUUCCCCGGCUGAUCUGCAGAUCCAAGGAGUUCUGGGGGCUGGAACUGAGCAGUGAGGCCCACGCAGAGGCUGUGGCAAGAGCGUGCUUGCCACCAAAAGGAAGGUACUUUUAUCCAUUACAGAUAGUGCAGAGGAGGACAGACAGAGGGAGAGACAGGAAGACUAGGUAAGGGACCAGAAGAGGAGGGAAGAAAUGGAAAGGGAGCUGGGCGUGGUAGUGCACACUUUUAAUUCCAGCACAAACGAAAACAAUAGGAACACAACAGACAUUGAGUCCUUCAAACUAUCAUCAGCCCUCUAUUACUGAAGAAUCCCAACCUUUUUAAUACUAAUAAUCUGAAGGAGAGUGGGGAGGGAUGUAUGGGAGGAUUUGGAUGGAAAAGGGAAGGGAGAAAUGUUGUAAUUAGUCUCAGAAAGGAAAAACAAAGCUAUUAGGAUGAGCUCCACAGCUGCUGCACUGGGCACCAGUGUGGCACUGGACAAGUGUGAUCCAGAGGAGGAGGUGAGAAAAAGCAGAACCAGGACGAGCCCCUCAUACACCUCACUAGAGCAGGAAGCUAGGUGAGGUCUUCGAGACCCUUGGUGGGCUUUCUGUGGCUCUCAACUUAACAAGAGAAACUAGACUAUUUCUGGGGAAAUGUCCGGGAGGUUGGAAACACAUAAUCCUUGCCACGAUGCUCAAGUAAGUUCUACUGUUUACCUGCCCCUGUUUUGGCAUUUUUUGAUGUAUAUAUAUCUGUGCAUUUGUGUACCUGUUUGUACAAAGAUGUGGAGGCCAAAGGUGAUAUUGGCUGUCUUCCUCAAUUGCUCCUUUAAUUUUUUUAGAUAAGAUCUCUCACAAAAUCUGAGCCCUCCAAUCCAGCCAGACUAAAUGGCCAGCAAGCCCUCAAAACCCUUCUGUCACUGUCUUCCCAAGGUCGGGACUGCAAGCAUGCGCUGCUUUAGCCCUACUAUUUCAAUAGUUUAGGAACCUAACUUGGGUCCUUAUUCUCCACUGGCUGAACUUCUCAAGCCCCACGAUUUAUUUGUCUUUUAAAUCAGGAAACUAAACUGGCAGAAGUGGUGCAUGCCUUUAAUCCCAGGACUGGGAAGCAGAGGCAGGAAGAUCUCUUAAGUAUAACGCUAGCCUGGUCUAUAAAAUGAGUUCUAGAUACCCAGGGCUACACAGAAACCUUAUCUUGGAAAAUAAAAAAUAAAUAGAAAGAAAACGAAAAAAAAACUAAAGCUUUGAGAAGGGAAGCUGGCUCUAAGUCUUAGCUUUGUGAAGUAGUAGGCAAUGUACCUAGAGCUAUCUAACACACGUAAGUACUAACAACAUACUAACCUCCGGCCCUAGCAUCCUGCCUCAUGGCUUGGAAGGUAGAGAAGGUCGGAGGUGCUGCCCAGCCCAGGUGAAGUAGCAAACUGUCACAGCAGUGUUCCCUCUUUCAUGCCAAGACAUAGUAUUGUCAGGCAUAGCACCUGCCUUCCUUGUCAUUGGUGUUAUGACCUCCACUCAAUAACAUUUGGUCUCAAUGACAAGCACAGCAGGUCUCUUAAGGGGCUCGUUUUCUUAACCCAACCAGGCAGAACAUUUGGGGAUGUUUAUCAACUAUUUUGACCACAGGAUAAAUGCUAAGUGUAGGGUGCCAGGCAGCUCCUGGCCAUGAGCCACGGGGCUCUUGUGCCUGGUACUGCUGAGGGAUUGUCUAGAACAUCACCAGAGCAGCUGAAGGAAAAGCAUUUCUGAUAAACUGAUGCUCUGUCCCUACCACGGACAACAGGUGUUUCCCAAGCUGCCUCUCAAUUCUGAGGCUAGUGCGGCCAAAGGACAUGUAGGAGAAUGGCCAAGACACGAAGCUGUAAGCUAAGCCUUCCUCAGUGAUUUCUGAAUGGUCAUAACUCCAUCAAGAUGCUGGAAAGCUGCAGUCUGGAUUAGGCGAAAGAUCUGGCACCUUGACUUUAGAGGACUGAAGUUGGUACCCCUGAGAUUAAAUGAAUGGAAUACAGCAUUCUGGCAUCUGUCUUACCUGUGUCACCUUCAACCACAAGAGCUGCAGCCCUGUCAGAAGCACCAGAAAUGUGCCACUGAGCUUGUGUGCUAGAAUAGAACCACCUCAAAUAAAAGGCUUCAACAGUA